AUGUUGACACCGGAGAAGGGCCGAUUAGAGAGUCUACUGCAGGGAUCCUCAUCGAAUGUGGAGUCUCUGCUCACUUCGAACCCUGAGUGUCUGGCACUGCAGCAUAGAUUGUCAAAGUCCAAGACCAGCGGUCAGGUAUUGGCGCUGGUCGCUGAUGAGCUGGAGAGAAUGGACGGCAUUAACCUCGCAACAGCGUUGCAUCGUGUUGCGAAACAUUCGAAGUCAUAUCAAGUCUCCCAAGUCGCUACUGAUCCACGAUACACUGCCUUGGUUGACCGCUUGGGUGCGUACUUGAACUCCUUGGACGGUGUCGGCCUCAUGAAUACGCUCUGGGCAUUGGUACGGCUGAAUGCAGCGGCACCCAAGUGGAUAUCAGAGCUGCUGGAUCGAUGCAUUAGCAGUGUAGACCAACUGGAGCCCAAGCAACUUGGUCAAGGACUGUACUGCGUGUAUAGGAUGUCGAAGCACGCUGCUCCGACUGAGGCGGUGAAGGCCCUCCAGUCAGCUCUUCAUGGCCAGGUCCGGGCCUCACUGGAUCAUUUUAGUGACAGCCAUGAGCUUGUUAGUGUGUGCACGUCGUUGGCUAAGUUGGGCAUUCGUGAUGAGACUGUCUUCUCGGCACUGGGCUCGCGAUUAUCCGACAAGAUGGAUGAUUUUGAUAUGGAGGAUAUUGCCGCGGUAUCUUGGGCGUUUGCUAGGGCUAAGUUUACAGAUAGAGAGCUGUUCCGGAAAAUAAGGGAGUCUCUUACGGUGAGGACUACUGAGUGCUCUGUGAAGUCUUUGGUGUCGUUGACGUGGAGCUUGUCGAAGCUUGGGGAAACUGGUGGUGAGGAGGACCUGUUCCGAUAUACCCUAGCACCAACAAUUCGAUCGUACAUGCUGGAGUACACCGUACAGGACCUAUGUGCUCUAGCGUGGAGCUUUGCUAAUGCGAAUGUCCAUGAUGUGGACUUUAUGAGCGACAUUGCGCACGCCCUGAUGCCCAAGACUAGAGACAUGAACUGCCAGGACGUCUGCUCGGCUGUGGUGGCCUUGGCAUCUCUGCAUUACUCUCAUAAGGAGCUGUUCGAGGCUCUGAAGCAACAGUCUUUCCGGCUUAUGCAUACCUUUACUCCGCUACAGCUGAGUCGGACCUUAUAUGGCUUUGGAGUGGCCGGGGUGAGGGAUAAGAAGCUGUUCUAUGAGAUGACGCUUACUAGUAUAGACAAGCUUCACCUGAUGUACGCAAAGAACGUGUGCGAUAUACUAUCAGCAUUGAUGGAGGCUGAGUACCUCAUUCCCGGGCUGACGCGGCCGUUGCUGGACCAUCUCAGUCGACAGCUUGAUCGACUCGGCCCGACAGAAUGUGUACAAUUAUUGACGGUCGUGGCUCAUGUAGAGCCGAGUGAACAGAGGUCCAGCCUAGGGGAGGCGGUGGCAGAGCAACUGAGACCUAAAAUGAAGACUACAGUGCGAUGGAUCCCUAGUGGUCCGGAGAUAGCUGACGUGUUGCAGUCCUUUGUAUUGCUAGAGUAA